CCAUCAGCACCAGCGCUGAGAUACCCCCCACGCGCGGCUGUUCUGGAAUAAAAUAUAUCUGGAUCAGCCACCUUUGGUUUAUUGGGGAGGGGGGGGAAAGCCGAUUCCUCCUUUUUGUAUUUGUUAUUCCAUUUUUAUUUCCGUUGUAUUUGUUCCAGAGAGGGAAAGGGGAGCUCUUCUCCACCCGCACCAUCUAUUCUCCCCUCCUUGCGCUCGCUCGCUCGCUCGGUGCGGCAGGGCCGUGCCUUUACUCUCCGUGACUCAAAGAACCGGCUUCCUGUGUUUGUCAUUCUCUCUCUGUUCCGACAGAAAGACAGAGAGAAGGAGAGAGAGAGGCGAGAGCUGAGGUCUGGGAGCUUUUUUUCCGCUAGCCUGCCAACUCAACAUGGUAUAGCUGCGAAUCCUCCUCGACAAGACUACAGCAGAAGGGAGAACACAAAGAGAAAUCCGCCUCAAACCGUUGUACUAAAAUACAAAAAGAAUAGCUUCACCAAUGAAGAGAUUCGGCGUGGCGGAUAUACAAGCACCGUGAAGGAUAGAAAGAUAGAUAUUACCAUUUCUAUUUAUUAUUUAAAAGAUGGCGAACGACUCUCCAGCUAAAAGUCUAGUGGAUAUAGACCUUGCCUCUUUGCGGGAUCCUGCAGGAAUAUUUGAAUUGGUGGAAGUGGUCGGCAAUGGCACAUACGGACAAGUAUAUAAGGGUCGUCAUGUGAAGACCGGGCAGCUGGCAGCCAUCAAAGUCAUGGAUGUCACAGAGGAUGAAGAGGAGGAGAUUAAACUGGAGAUUAACAUGCUGAAGAAGUAUUCCCAUCACAGAAAUAUUGCGACUUACUACGGAGCUUUCAUCAAGAAGAGCCCCCCUGGCCAUGAUGACCAGCUGUGGUCCCUCGCCCUGUGGUGUGGCAGCUCGCUCGCUGCUUUCAUGGUUGGUGAUGAGUUCUGUGGUGCCGGCUCCAUCACAGACCUGGUGAAGAACACAAAGGGAAACACGCUGAAGGAGGACUGGAUUGCCUACAUCUCCCGAGAGAUCUUGCGUGGGCUGGCCCACCUGCACGCUCACCACGUCAUCCAUCGAGACAUCAAGGGUCAGAACGUGCUGCUGACCGAGAAUGCUGAGGUCAAACUGGUGGAUUUUGGCGUAAGUGCGCAGCUGGACCGGACUGUGGGUCGGAGGAACACCUUCAUCGGCACACCCUACUGGAUGGCCCCUGAGGUCAUCGCCUGCGAUGAGAACCCAGACGCCACAUACGACUACCGAAGUGACCUGUGGUCGUGUGGAAUUACAGCCAUUGAAAUGGCUGAGGGAGCUCCUCCUCUCUGUGACAUGCACCCAAUGAGGGCCCUUUUCUUAAUUCCGAGAAACCCUCCACCGAGACUCAAGUCUAAGAAGUGGUCUAAGAAGUUCUUCAGCUUCAUAGAGGGGUGCUUGGUGAAGAACUACACCCAGCGGCCUCCCACCGAGCAGCUGCUGAAGCACCCCUUCAUCCGGGACCAGCCCAACGAGAGGCAGGUCCGCAUCCAGCUGAAGGACCACAUCGACCGCACCCGCAAGAAGAGGGGCGAGAGAGAUGAGACAGAGUAUGAGUACAGUGGCAGUGAGGAGGAGGAGGAAGAGGCCCCGGAGCAGGAGGGAGAGCCCAGCUCCAUCGUCAACGUGCCGGGCGAGUCCACCCUCCGGCGGGACUUCAUCCGGCUGCAGCAGGAGAACAAGGAGCGCUCGGAGGCGCUGCGGCGGCAGCAGGUCCUGCAGGAGCAGCAGCUGCGGGAGCAGGAGGAGUACAAGCGCCAGCUGCUCGCCGAGCGGCAGAAACGCAUCGAGCAGCAGAAGGAGCAGCGGAGGAGGCUGGAGGAGCAACAGCGGCGUGAGCGGGAGGUGCGCCGGCAGCAGGAGCGUGAGCAGCGGCGGAGGGAGCAGGAGGAGAAGAGGCGCCUGGAGGAGCUGGAGCGCAGGAGGGUCGAGGAGGAGAAGAGGAGGUCUGACCGCGAGCAGGAGUAUAUUCGUCGGCAGCUAGAGGAGGAGCAAAGGCACCUGGAGAUCCUGCAGCAACAGCUCCUCCAUGAGCAGGCUAUGCUACUGGAGUACAGGUGGCGAGAGAUGGAGGAGCAGCGGCAGGCUGAGCGACAACACGCCCUCCUGCGGGGCCUGAACCCCGCCCCUCCACCCCAGCCUGAGCCAAUCCAGAGAGAGAAACCACUGAACCCCGCCCCUCCACCCCAGCCUGAGCCAAUCCAGAGAGAGAAACCACUGAACCCCGCCCCUCCACCCCAGCCUGAGCCAAUCCAGAGAGAGAAACCACUGAACCCCGCCCCUCCACCCCAGCCUGAGCCAAUCCAGAGAGAGAAACCACUGAACCCCGCCCCUCCACCCCAGCCUGAGCCAAUCCAGAGAGAGAAACCACUGAACCCUGCCCCUUCACCCCAGCCUGAGCCAAUCCAGCUGGACAAAGAGGUUAUCCCCGCCCCUCCACUCCAGCCUGAGCCAAUCCAGUGGGACAAAGAGGCUGAUGAAAGGUUUCGGAAGAACCUCCAGGGCUCUCCUCAGGCUGUGCCAUCCAAACAACCGCCGCGCUCCGAGACCUUCUCUAACGGGAGCUCAGAGUCCGGCCCGGGGGGGCACAGAGCCGUGGAGCCGCAGGUUCCAGUGAGGACCACGUCCCGUUCGCCCGUUCUGUCCCGCCGAGACUCCCCCCUCCAGGGCGGGGCUCUGCCUAGCAACCAGGCCGGGCCGAGACCAGCAGGCAGUGCUGAGCCCAGGCUGCUGUGGGACCGGGUGGAGAAGCUGGCCUCCAGGCCUGGUAGUGGUAGUUCCUCUGGCUCCAGUAACUCCCAGAGCGGCUCCGGAUCCGGCGACAGAUUCCGCGUCCGCUCAUCUUCCAGAUCGGAGGGCUGCGCUCUGCAGCGGCUGGAGGAGAAGAAGGACUUUGUGAGACCGGCACGGCCAGCGGACCUGACAGCCCUGGCCAAGGAGCUGCGGGCAGUAGAGGACGUCCGGCCGCCCCACAAGGUGACAGACUACUCCUCCUCCAGCGAGGAGUCGGGCACCACAGACGAGGAGGACGAAGAUGUGGAGCAGGAGGGGGCCGAAGAGUCUACCUCUGGCCCUGAGGACUCCCGCACUGUGUCCUCGAAGCUGAGUAACGGCGAGUCUGAGACUCAUGAUGAGGCAGAGAGCGACCCAGCCACCACGCCCUGCAAAGACGGCACUUUAAUCGUCAGACAGACGCAGUCUGCCAGUAACACGCUGCAGAAGCACAAGUCCUCCUCCUCCUUCACCCCCUUCAUCGACCCACGCCUCCUGCAGAUCUCCCCCUCCAGUGGCUCCUCCCUCAACUCUGUGGCAGGUUUUGGGAAUGAUGCCCGGCUACAGGAAGCACUGCGGCAGGACCCCUCCCGGAAAGGUUCUGUCGUCAAUGUGAACCCCGUCAACACCCGACCCCAGAGUGACACUCCCGAGAUCCGCAAAUACAAGAAGAGAUUCAACUCUGAGAUCCUGUGUGCUGCACUGUGGGGUGUGAACUUGCUGGUGGGCACGGAGAGCGGGCUGAUGCUGCUGGACCGGAGCGGGCAGGGGAAGGUCUACCCCCUCAUCAGCCGCCGCCGAUUCCAGCAGAUGGAUGUGCUGGAGGGCCUCAACGUCCUGGUCACGAUAUCAGGUAAGAAAAACAAGCUGAGGGUAUACUACCUGUCCUGGCUGAGGAACAAGAUUCUGCACAACGACCCCGAGGUGGAGAAGAAGCAGGGCUGGACCACCGUGGGAGAUCUGGAGGGCUGUGUGCACUAUAAAGUCGUGAAAUAUGAGCGAAUCAAGUUCCUGGUUCUGGCUUUGAAGAAUUCGGUGGAAGUCUAUGCAUGGGCCCCAAAGCCAUACCACAAGUUCAUGGCCUUCAAGUCAUUCGGAGAGCUGGUGCACAAGCCCCUGCUGGUGGACCUCACAGUGGAAGAGGGGCAGAGGUUAAAGGUCAUCUAUGGGUCCUGCUCAGGCUUCCAUGCUGUGGAUGUGGACUCAGGCGCAGUGUACGACAUCUAUCUGCCCACCCACAUCCAGAUGAGUAUCCAGUCUCAUGCGAUCAUCAUCCUGCCCAACACGGACGGCAUCGAGCUGCUGGUGUGCUAUGAGGACGAGGGCGUCUACGUCAACACCUACGGGCGCAUCACCAAGGAUGUGGUGCUGCAGUGGGGGGAGAUGCCCACCUCCGUGGCCUACAUCAGGUCCAACCAGAUAAUGGGCUGGGGGGAGAAGGCCAUUGAGAUCCGCUCUGUAGAGACGGGCCACCUGGAUGGGGUCUUCAUGCACAAGAGAGCCCAGAGACUCAAGUUCCUGUGUGAGAGGAAUGACAAGGUGUUCUUUGCCUCGGUGCGGUCUGGCGGGUCCAGCCAGGUGUACUUCAUGACUCUGGGACGGAGCUCCUUGCUCAGCUGGUAGGAGCUGCUGAGAGCCUGACGACCUUUAACCCAACGACCUUUAACCUUACUGACGCUCUGCACCAUGGGCCGCACCACAUUGAGUCAACAACAGACUGCAAAUUGAAAUUCAUAAAUUAAACAAAAAUAAACAAUGAAAAAACAAUGGCCCUAGUGUUGAUGAGACUGUGGACGUUGAGUGUCACACCGAUGACGUCGGCAGG